UAAGCGAAGGCAGCGCGGGAACAUGGCUGGCAGCUGCGGGGCCGUGUUGCUGCCGUGUGGGAGGGGGGAAUGAGCUGAGCUGGAGGCUCGUUCAGCCAUGUUAGUUUCCCUUCUGCUGUUCACGAACGAUGCGAGAGGAGAGUCAUGGCCUUGUCAAUGAGCGGAGACGAUGAAGAAUAUGAGUCAGAGUCCGAGCAGCAGCGAGCGGUCAACCGGCCGAAGCCAAAGACGGGGACAACGUCGGCCGUCAAGCUGCCGUCCAACCGCAGCGCGUCGGGGGCCAGGCGCAGGAGGACGCGCUGCCGCAAGUGCGAAGCGUGUCUGCGCACAGAAUGCGGAGAAUGUCACUUCUGUAAGGACAUGAAGAAGUUCGGCGGGCCGGGGCGCAUGAAGCAGUCCUGCAUCAUGCGGCAGUGCAUCGCGCCCGUCCUGCCCCACACAGCUGUGUGUGUGGUGUGUAAAGAGGCGGGGAAGGAGGACACGCUUGAGGACGAAGAGGAGAAGUUCAACUUCAUGCUGAUGGAGUGCUCAAUCUGCAACGAGAUCGUCCACCCGAACUGCCUGAAGGUGAGCGACGCCUCAGGAGUGGUGAACGACGAGCUGCCUAACUGCUGGGAAUGUCCCAAGUGCAACCACGCUGGCAAAAGCGGAAAAGUAUUGAAGCAAAAAAGGGGCCCCGGGUUCAAGUACGCCUCCAACCUCCCCGGCUCUCUGCUGAGGGAGCAGAAGCCCACCAAGGAGGAGGGGGACCUGGCCUCCGCGGCCAAGAGGAAGCCGGAGCGCGACGAGACGCCCAGGUACCGGACCGAGGAGGCGCUCCUCCACCGACAGCCGCCGCUGCUCUCCCCCAGCGGCCUGCCGCGCCCCAGGCCCGAGGACAAGCUGAGGAAGAAGAGGAAGCUUUUUGACGACGAUGAGGAAGAGGACCUCUAUGUGAGGAAGAAGGACAAGUCGGACGACCCGUAUCUCUCUAAACUCCUCCCCCAAAUCAAGACAGAAAAGGAGGAGGAGGAUGAGGAGGAGGAGGGCGGAAGGGAGCAUCACUUUCGGAGCGGCGUCGACAGGAAAGGCCGCUUCGGGGAGACGGAGGAGGACGGGGAUUACAGGGACUCGUUGAACUCUUCCAUCAAAACGCCGCUGGGCGACAGCGACCACUCCCUCUGCAGCUCUCCCCAGGCCGGCCCCAGCAGCGAGGGCGGCAGCGAGACGCAGGAGAAAGGGCCCCGUCCCAAAGCCCGCCGCAAGCGCCGUCUGCCCAACAGAGAGCUCAGCCGGGAACUGAGCAAAGCGCUGAACCAGGAGAUCCAGAAGACGGAGGACUGCCUGGCCAACGAGAACCGGCAGCCUCUGAAGGCGGAGCCAGAGACCGAGAACGAGGAACCAAAGAAGCUCUUCCGCAACGGCAACGAACUCGGCGACCAGAGGGCUCACCUCAGGACCAAAGAGAUGAACGGCAACACCUGGGAUCUGCGGCACUUUUACCCCAGCCAGAUCACCCCCCUGGGCUUCAACCGGAGCACGCCGACCACGCGGCCGCUCCCCCCCCGCUCCCCGCCCAAGUGCGUGCAAAUGGAGCGGCACGUCAUCCGGCCGCCUCCCAUCAGCCCGCCCCCUGACAGGCUGCCCCUGAAAGACGGCAAAACGCACGUGCUGCAGCGCGAGGUCUGGAUGAAGAUAUUUGGCUACCUCCCACACAAGGAGCUGUGUGUCUGCAUGAGAAUCUGCAAGACCUGGAACCGAUGGUGUUGUGACAAGAGACUUUGGACGAACAUCGACCUGAAUCGCUGCACCUCCAUCACGCCGCUGAUGCUGAGCGGGAUCAUCCGCAGGCAGCCGGCUUCCCUGGACCUCAGCUGGACGAACAUUUCUAAAAAGCAGCUGAGCUGGCUCAUCAACAGAUUACCAGGUCUGCGAGUGUUAAAGCUGUCGGGUUGCUCCUGGGCGGCCGUCUCCGCGCUCUGCACCUCCAGCUGCCCCCUGCUGCGCACCCUGGACGUCCAGUGGGUGGAGGGACUCAAAGACCCACAGAUGAGGGACCUCCUUUCACCGCCCACCGACAACAGACCGGGUCAGCUGGACAACCGGUGCAAGCUGCGGAACGUGGAGGACCUGCGGCUGGCCGGGCUGGACAUCACGGACACAUCGCUGCGCCUCAUCAGCCGGCAGAUGCCUCUGCUGUCCAAGCUGGACCUGAGUUACUGCAACCAUAUCAACGACCAGUCGGUGAACCUGCUCACGGCGGCAGGAACCACCACCAGAGACUCCCUCACAGAAAUCAACCUAUCAGUUUGUAACAGAGUCACAGAUCAUUCAUUGAACUAUUUCAAGCGCUGCGGCAGCAUCUGUCAGAUCGACCUUCGCUUCUGCAAGCAAGUGACCAAGACGGCGUGCGAGCACUUCAUCGCAGAGAUGUCUGUGAGCGUCCCGUUCAAACUGAAAGAGGACAAGCUGCUGCAGAAGAUAAGCUAGCUUCCGACCGGACUAAACCCAACAUUUUCAGGCUGCACUUAAAUUGCACUUAGGUCUCUGAAUCACUGUUGUCUUGGAAUAAAGCGAGAGGAGGCUUUCCGGAGGUCGUUCUGCGUGAGGUGAUAUUCACUGGACAGAAAACGAUUGCAUGUAUUUCCCUUUUUUGUAUUUUUACUUUUUAUAAACACGUGGUUGUAUUUGAGUUAUCUUAUUGUUUUUUUGUUUUUUUUUUAAUUUUGAACAUAUUUUUGUACGAGCGAAAUUCCACCUCUGGAGUUAAAUAUCGUAGACUCUCUCUCUCUUUUUGUCAUAUUAAACAAAAC